CGUGUAACACCUCGCUCCGCCACGGUCCUAGAGGCAGUACGUGCAGCACGUUUCACUCUUCCAGGACACCCUCGAUCGCGAAUGCGCCGUACGGAUAGACGACCUCGUCUUGAUGCUUAGAUGAACAACUGGACUCUUGACGUCGUUGUCAUGGGGACGAUUGCCCUGAACCCCGCCGUCCUCGCAAACACCAACAGUACGCUGUUGUCGUCCACCUGAUCAUGGAGUCAAGCGAGGGCGAUGGCCCUGAUGCCUCGUCUUUGGGGCCAGUCUCGUCGUUGCGCGCUCGCUUCGAGAGCGCUAACAGGCCUGACGAAGCUGCGCCGGCGUCGCAAGCUCUGGCCCAGCCCUCAAGGGCCCCUUCAAGGCCAAUAUCGCCCGCUCCGAAACCCGCGAAACUCAAAAACUUCAAGCCCGCCCAUGAUGUCCCCGUUUCAGCACCGACGACACCUACAGUACCCUCGAGGCCGAAGCCAAAGCUGGGGAUAGCAUCUUCCACGCGACAACAAGUGGACGCAGCCGCGACAGCACCCCAUGAGUCGAAUCUUUCGAAAGACCCGACGUACAACCCCAAACCUCCUGCAGUCACUAUACAACCUCCACAAUCGCCUCCCAAAGGCCGUGUCUGGAGCCACCGUCCCGAGGAGACCCCAACAUUCCUCAACCCAGAUGCAGUCACUGGAACAAUCACCCCUGGUGGUUCGCCCCAACACUCCGUGUCACCGAGGCGGCCUACGACACCGACAUCUGCUGUACCGGCGCCUCGUUCACCUCGAGGUUCACGUCCACCUUCGCCACCACCUCCUAGACGAUCUGGGGAGAUCAAACGCGAGCCGAAGCAAGCGCCCCCACCCCCAGCACCUCGGCGUGAGAAGGCAUCGGGAUCGGACACACAUAGCAAUGGAGUCGGAUUUGGUCUCUUCACGCCGAAGAAGGAGAAGAUAUCGACAGAAACGUCUCCAUUCAACAGCCCGCCUGGUAGUCCAGAGGCCGAUGGUCCGGAAUCUCCUCCGCAACUCCCAACUCGUCCCCGGCCCCAGGCGAUACCCGAUCCUCCACUGAGACCACGAUCAGCCAUGGGGAAGUCCUUUGAGCCACCCCCAGUGCACCAUGCUGUGCAGAAAAAGAGGGAUCGGGCGUCAGAAACCAAUGGCACGGGUGGACAAGCUCAAUACGGCCAGUGGGCUAGUGGUGACCUCCGGCCUGGGUCGCUCCCCAAGCACCAUGGCUAUGAGCCACCGCAAAGACCUGUUUCAAUGCAAAUACCGAGUGCGCCUCCAAGACCCCCACGCGCCUCACCUCCUGAGCCAGAACCAGUCGUCAGGUCUGCGCCUGGGAAACGAGUUUCAUCCAACCCCUCACCGCAACAGCUCCAUGUACCACCGACACGCACGCAUGGUAGAUCCAUGACCGUGGACAGUAGACCGACCGAUCGACUGGCGAUCGAGGCACACCCAGCCCCAAAUACGGCUGUAACUGCUCCAAAAGCAGCAAAUCAAAAUGCACCGAUGGCGGCCCCGAAGAAUGAGAACCUAGUUCCGGUGGUGGAAUACCCGGAUUGCUCCAGCACCAACAGGAGACCACCUUUUGGCAAGAAGACUGCUAGUGAAAUCCAGACUCGAUACGAACCGCGGGUAUUCGACGUAUGUGGUGAGCUUGUGUGCACCAGCGGGCAGUUGACCCGUCUGUGGAGUGUCGUCGAUGGGGAUUUGCGGAUGAGCCUGGCACACACUGAGGGUGUGAAGGCCACAUCAGUUGCCUUCAAGCCGUCUUUAUAUCCCCAGAGUGAAGCAAGCGAUAUCUGGGUUGGGACCAACACUGGCGAGGUUCUGGAAGUCGACCUGGCAACACAUACAAUUGUGCCGAGCAAGGGCAGCAUUCAUCAACGGCGCGAGGUCACACGUAUCUACCGACAUCACAACGAGAUGUGGACCCUCGAUGAACUAGGGACAUUGCACGUUUGGGGGCCAAAGGAAGAUGGUCUGCCUGACGUGACAGGCAACCCGAGUCAGUCCUACAAGAUGCCCAAGGAACACACUUUCUCCAUGGUCGUUGGAAGUAAGUUAUGGCAUGCGACUGGGAAGGAGAUACGGGUCUUUGCACCGACACUGGACGGCCACACGCAGUUCCAGGUGCUGAUGCGGCCCAUGAUUGCCGAAGGCGCAGGAGACGUUACCUCAGGCACGCUUGUGAAGACGCAGCCUGGCAAAGUCUUCUUUGGACACGCCGAUGGGAAAGUCAGCAUUUUCUCCACCAAGGAUUACUCCUGUAUCGGCAUACUCAGCGUCAGCACCUGGAAGAUGAAUGCACUGGCCGGCGUUGGCCAUCGCAUAUGGAUUGGGUACAACACAGGGAAAAUCUGUGUCUACGAUAUUAGUGAAACACCUUGGACCAUCUUAAAGGAGUGGCAGGCCCACUUGGGACCUGUCAUCAGCAUGAAGUGCGACCCGGCAGGUGCUUACCGACUCGACCGCUUGCAAGUCGCGUCACUCGGCGCGGACAACAAGCUCAAAUUCUGGGACGGGAUGCUCGAGGACGACUGGAUUGAGGACGAGAUGAAGUCAAAGGACACUGAGUACUGCGAUUUCGAUGAGCUGAGGGCCCUUGUGUUCACGUGGAAUGCUGGCGCCUCGACGCCCUCGAGUCUACGAUACUCUGCUAAUGAUGGCGUCUUCUUUCCAGAGCUCCUACAGUCCAGCAAAUCCCCCGAUAUACUCAUCUUCGGCUUCCAAGAGCUGGUCGACCUCGAAGACAAAGCAGCCACGGCAAAACGCUUCUUGAAAGUCAAGAAGAAAGAGGGGACCGACCAGGAAACCAUGAGCCACCAAUAUCGCGACUGGAAGAACUAUCUUGUCAAGACUCUAGACGACUAUAUGCCCGCCGACGACCUGUAUCAAGUCCUACACACAGCACCCCUGGUUGGGCUGUUCCUCUGUGUUUUCGUGAAAGCAUCGCUCAGGGGCAGAAUACGAAAUGUGCAUGGUGCUGAGGUGAAGCGAGGGAUGGGCGGUCUCCAUGGGAACAAGGGUGCCGUUGCUGUGCGAUUCCAAAUAGACGACAGUUCGCUGUGCUUUGUCAACUGUCAUCUUGCAGCAGGGCAAACGCAAACCAACGCGCGCAACAGCGAUGUUGCUGAAAUCCUCGAAUCUGGACUGUUCCCGACGGAGAAAGACUCAGACGUACGCAUCGACACUUAUGCUGGGGGCGGUGACGGCAGUCUGGUGGUCGACCACGAAUUAUGCGUUCUCAACGGCGACCUCAACUAUCGCAUCCACAACAUGUCGCGGGACACCGUUGUUAUGGCGGUCAAACAGAACAAUCUGGGCAAAUUGCUUGAGCGCGACCAGCUCCUGGUGGCGCGUCGUCGCAACCCUACCUUCAAACUACGGGCCUUUGAAGAGCUACCAAUCACAUUCGCGCCCACGUACAAGUACGACGUCGGCACUGAUCGUUACGACACGAGCGAAAAGCGUCGGAGCCCGGCAUGGUGCGACCGUCUCCUGUUCCGCGGUCGGGGCAGGGUACAGCAGCUCGACUACCGCCGACACGAAGUCUACGUGAGUGACCAUCGCCCCGUCACUGGCGACUUUAGGUUUUGGGUAAAGAAGGUUCGACGCAAGGACAGGGCUGUCGUCUGGCAGCAAAGCCAGCAGAGCUUUGAAACUGUCCGUCAAAAAGCAAUUGCUGAUGAAAAGUAAGUCUGCAUCUCUGAUACACUCUUGGCCAGCGUAACUAAUCGCCAUAGACUUCAUUACCUGAUGUUGGUCUGUGGGUACGACGAAACGACGAGCAAGCGCCUGAUUAGAGAGCAGGGGGAAAGCUAAAGCUGAAAUCAUGAAGAGAGGACAUUCAUGUCUGGCUACUUAUACCAUACAGCGAGGCAAGGUAUAG